CCACCAGCAUCAAAUGGCGAGACCCAAGCGCCCGUGCUGAUUGCACCUCACGGUAAUACCUGUGAUCGGUACCACGGUCAGUAAGACACCCGGCCACCACCUCGGCUACUCGGGCUUCACACAAUGCCAUCUGAAACAGCAAUCGCGAACACUGCUGCUCUCGCCGGCUCACUUUUGGUCAGCUCAGCUACCCUGGCAGCCCAGGCAUCGCCAGUCCCUUGGCUAGGUGCUGCGUUCGCCGUGCUUACCAUUCUCAAGGACAUGAUCCUUGCCGCCAGAGCCAAUAAGAAUGCCUUAAAGCAACUCCAAGACAGAUGCACCGCCUUUCUACAUGUCAUACAGUUAAAGGGCAUGGAAGCCCCUUUGGAGGAGCAGAAGCAACUAGCUCUUGACGCCGAGAGGACGGUCACGCAGAUUGUGGGCCACAUGAGUCCCUGGUGCUCCAUGUCUCCGGUCAAACUUUUCGUUAAGCAAGAUGAAUUGGCUUCAGAAAUCCAGGACUGUCACACAGCGAUCAACGAUUGCAUGACCAAACUACAGAUCAAUGCUGCAUUGGAAACCCGGGGUUGGCAGGUGUUACUCCAGUCAAAUAUGGAACGUGAUAAAAUCGAAAUGAUGCAGUAUCUCUCCGACAUCAAGAAUACACAGUCCAUCAUCCUCUUAGCCCUGGAGGAGCAGCGUACGGAUAUAAACACUAUUAUGCACGUGAUGCAGCAGAAUCUCUCCGUUGCAAAUCACGAGAAUAACCGUGGCCUUGAAACUAACUUAUACCACCUGCAGAAGUCUUCCAAGACAUUGUUACCGAAUAUGAAUUUUAAACGUGGAGAAGUCCAUCGAGUCGGCCAAGACCCCAUUGGUGGAACUCACACCAUGGAUAUUUGGGAAGGCAUUUAUCUGAACCAAGAAACAGUGACCCUCAAAGUCAUACGAUCAAUCCACGCAAGCCCAAAGAGUUUGGCACGACUGAAGAGGGAGGUUGAAAUCUGGAAAAGAGUGUGGGAAGUAGAUCGAGGACACCACAUUCUACCCCUUUAUGGUUUUUGCCAGAAUGACACACCUUUCCCCUAUAUAGUUAGUCCGUACAUGCCGAACGGGACAGCCGACAAAUACGUAAAUGAUCAUCCCUCCGUGGACCACCGUGCCCUGAUUAAGCACAUUUGCGAGGGUGUCAACGUACUGCAUAACAUGGUACCCCCCAUCGUCCACGGCGAUAUCAGAGGUGUCAACAUUGUUAUUAACGAAAGUGGGGAUCCCCUGCUUGCUGAUUUUGGGUUUUCGAGGAUUGUUCAGGACUUGACAGGCGUGGCUAUCACUGAAUCUUGUGGCAUGUUGGAUUCGUAUAGAUGGGCAGCGCGUGAGUUGUUAGUGGGCGGAAACCUCACCCUUAAGGCGGACGUUUAUGCGUUCGGGAUGACGGUCUUAGAGCUAAUGUCGCAUCGGGAACCGUGGUCGCAAGUUCGAUUUCCUUUCCAUGUGGUAGCCAAAGUGUCAGAUGGUGAGAGACCUCUCCGACCGUCCGACAAGGAGACGGUUUCCAGGGGGCUGGACGAUCGGCUUUGGGAACUGUUGGAGAGUUGUUGGGAGGAAUUUGAGAAUAGACCCACCAUGUCGGAAGUUCUUAGAAAGUUGUAGCUGUCGCUUGCGAAACGAAGCGGGCG